GAUAAAAAAGCUGCCUGUAGCGGACGUCUCUUACACUCAGCAGCCUCAGGGUCUCUAUUACAGCAAAGCCUUCUCUAGCGAGCAAUGCUUCUCAAGCUCUGUCUCGUUGCUCUGCUGGUUACUUCACAUGCCGCAACUCGAGAGGAAAACCUUUACCGCGAGAAACUGAAGUCACAUGCCAGAGACCAAACAGAAGGCUGCUGCUCGGACCUGAACAUGAUCUCCGCUGAAGAACUCAAGUGGGGAAAAAGGAUGCUUCGGAACAUUCACCUCGCCAACGAAGCAGUCAAGAAACUUCCCAAGGGUGCCCUCUACAGCGAUGACUCAGUGUGCUACGGCGAGGUCGGUUGCUUCGAUCGCCUUGGCGGAAAGUUUUCACACUUCGCCUCCAGCCCUAAGUCACCAGAAGUCAUCGGCACCACAUUUUUGCUCUAUUCGCGACUUAACAAGGAUGAGCCGGUGGUACUAGACUACGCUGACAACGCCACGCUCAACGGGACUCACUUCAAGGAAACCAAGGAACUGGUGUUUGUUAUCCACGGCUUCGGUGCCUCAGCGUCGAAGAAGUGGGUGCUCAGCAUGAAAGAGGCCUUUUUGAACCUGAAGGAUGUGAACCUUGUAUUGGUCGACUGGAGCAAGGGCUGUAAGGCACCAGACUACAUUUCGGCGGCUGCAAACUCUGCUUUGGUUGGCCGCCAGGUGUCCUUGCUGAUUCAAAAACUUAUACGCGCGUAUCCACACACAGUGACAGCCUCAAAAACCUACCUUGUCGGCUUCAGUCUCGGAGCACAAGUUGCCGGAUUCUGCGGGCGCCACUUCUUCAAUGCGACCAGAACCAAAAUUGGGCGUCUCACUGCGCUGGACGCAGCCGGUCCACUUUUCGAGACCUAUGACUUCCAAGUAUGCAAAGAUGAUGCAGAAUAUGUAGACGCUAUUCACACAACUGCCGGAAGUAACGUUCUUGCAGGACUACUGGGCAUCGAGAGUCCCUUCGGCCAUGUCAACUUUUAUCCAAACGGUGGAAAAUCGCAACCUGGUUGCUGGUUUUUUGACCUGUUCUGUCACCACCGACGCUCAGUACAGUACUUCAUCGAGUCUAUGCACGAGAAGCGACACUGCCUAUUCAAGUCGAGUCCUUGUGAAAGCAUCGACAGUUUUCUGGAUUCCAAGUGCAAUUCUACAGGGCCUCACGGCGAGAUGGGUUAUUUCAGCCAUGACGCUGAAGGCCGCGGAGCCCAGUUCCUGUGGACCAACGAAAACGACCCCUUCUGCAAGGCCUGAACUUAUGUCCGAGUGCAGCACCUUCUGCUACAAAACACCGCCAUACAUUCCGGUGAAAUGAUUACACGAACCAUCUUCGCGGCUUCCUAAGUGAAAUAUCGACUGCGAAAACCGGUACGCACCGGAGAAGCUCCACAUUGCAUUUUUAUCGCCUUAAUUGUUCUAUUAAAUAAACAUAGUAAAAAAAUGGCCGUCCAGUCUGUGUGAAUAUGUAGCAUCAAUUGCGGUGCUGAAGAAACCUUUGAUAAACACUCACGUUGCCUAUAAAUAUUUAAAA